CAAGCUGGAUCAUCCUCCAACAACUUAUUCUGCAGCUUCUGUGGUGAUUUUUGGAGGUUCUGGUGGAGCCGCGUUACCCUCCUCGUCCCCCCGCUCCUCCGCUCUGGCCGUGCGCCGCUGGACUCCCUUAUAAAUAAAAUCCAAGCGUCCGCGCGUCCUCCUUAUUGGUCGGGGUGGAGCCGUUACCUCACUCCCGGGGCCGAUGACGCAGCGUCUUCACGUAUCCUUCACGGGCGUCUCUGCUUGUUUCUUCUACUUGCGCGUCCGGCGAGAAAGAGGAAAGAGAGACGCGCGCGUCGGAGCUGUCGGAGUGGCCCCGGACGGAGGCGGGUGCGCUCGAUACUGAACACUUCUCGUCCCGGGAGGAGAGCGGCGCCCUUCUCCACUUUCUCUCUCUAUGAGCGUCCCUCUCCCUCCCCCGUGCCAUCCGCCCGCGCGCGCACACGCACGCCGGCGUCUCCACUCCGCCGCGCAGAUUCGCCGGCGCUGAUCUCGAAGGCGGCAGGCGCGGAUCCCGGCUCUCUCCUUCGACGCACACGACUUUGGAGGAGCGCUCGGGAAGGGAAAGUGACUCCUGUGAGUGUCAGGACCCCUGGUCAUGUCGGUUUAGCUGCCCUGCGUGAUGCCUGAUCAUGACAACGCCACCCUCCUAGCAAGACAAACCAAGCGCCGACGCGUGGACAUCGGGGUGAAGAGGACCGUGGGGAGCGUGAUUUUCACCCGCGCGAGGGAGACCCUUCUGGACAGGAUGAACCCGACGCACUGCUCCGACCAGGACGGAGACUGCCCAUUGGUGGGCCACGGCCACGGGAGCGCCAACGGGGACGGAGAGAAGUCCAACGUCCUGAGGAAGCUGCUGAAGAGGGCCAACUCGUAUGAGGACGCCAUUAUGCCCUUCUCCGGCGCCACAAUCAUCUCCCAGCUGUUGAAGAGCAGCAUCGGGAAGAACGGAGGGAGCGACUCGGGCUUCCAGGGAAGUGGAGCUCUGUCCAGCGGAGGCUCCGAAAUCCAGAAUGAGGACGCCUGCAGCAACUCCUCCCGCGACCAGGACAGUCCCUCCGACUGCCUCUCCCCGGGACCUCAUCAUCCUCCUCCGUCGUCGUCCUCCUUCGGGAGGCCGCAGCCAACGUCCAACCACUCCUCCUCCCAGACUCUCUCCCUGUCCACCUUCGACUUGGACCGCCUGUCGGACGAGCACCUCCGCGCCAAGCGAGCCCGGGUGGAGAACAUCAUCCGCGGCAUGAGCCACUCGCCGCUGGUCCGGACCAGCGCUGGCGACCAGGACGGCCUCCGCGAAAGUGAAAACGGACACAGAGGAGACGGUGGCGGCCACAACGCCAACCCCUCGUCCCUUCUGAGCUCGCCGGGGUCGCGGGGCGGCGUGGUGGGUGUCGCGGAGGUGUACCGGGAGAAUAAGAGGAAGCAGCGGCUGCCGCAGCAGCAGCACAGCUUCACCCAGCUGGUGUGCUCCAGGCAGGAGCAGAGGCAGGAGGAGAGGCGGCAGCUCAAACUCCAACUUGAAGACAUGCAGAAACAGUUGCGCCAACUUCAGGAGAAGUUCUACCAGAUCUACGACUCAGAGACAGAAGAAGAGGAGGAAAACGGCGAGGGCAGAGAGGGUGAGCGAGGAGGAGAAAGAGAGGAGGACGGGAACUUGUCAGAGGACAGUAUCCGGUCCGACGGUCUGGAGGAGAGGCACAGGGACCGGGGGAGGCACGGCCACGACGACCUGUCGGACCUGGACCCGGGUCUGUUCCUGGACCGAGCCCGAGCUCUCCUGCGUGAGCAGGCCCUGAUAGACGGCGACUUGGAGGAGGACACAGACAGUAGAGGAGAAGAGGAGAGGAGCGGCGACCGGGGGAUGAAGAGGCGGGCAGCGGCAGGAGGAGGACGACAGUUGGCCGAGACUCUCAAGCAGGAGCUGAACUGUGCCGUGUCGCAGGUCGUUGACACUGUCGUGAAGGGCUUCUCCUCGCCGAAGCAGGCCGCCGCCCACCACGGAUGCCACAGCAGCACGCCGGCCGCGCCCUCUUCCUCCUCCAACUCGUCUUCUUCCUGCCCGCCGCCGUUUGGCCCGCUGCCCCCUCUCACGCCCGACUCGCGUUUCGGAGGCGGCACCAUGGGGCUCAAUCUGAACGGCGAUGGCAGCCCCACCCCCAAUUACCACUCCAACCAGCGGCUGCACUGCUUCGGGGACGUCAUUGUACCGAGUCCGUUAGAUUCUUUUGGGGGUCUCAGCGGCAGACUGAGUGGCGUCCCCACCCCUAACGACCAAACCGAGGCCCUGCCGCUGGUGGUGCGCAAGAAUGGUCCGGACAACACCAGCCACACUCUGCCUCCUCCGCCGCCCCCUCACCACCCCUCCCUUCACCCGUCCCCCCUCACGGCUUCACUCGGGUUUAGCCCGCCAUCAUUUCGACACCCGUUCCCCCUUCCUCUGAUGGGUUACCCUUUCCAGAACCCCUUGGGGUCGCAUGGCUACCCCCCAGGGCCCAAAGACCACCAUCAAUCCUCCCCCGAUUCCAUGGACAUAACCCGGGAAGCUGUCAGCCUAAGAACCAAAAUGGCAUCUCUGGGAGGGGGCCACAUGGGUCACCAUCACCACAGACAGAGCUCCCCGAACCAGCACGGGUCCGAGAGUUUGUCGCUGUCCCUGAUCAAGUCUGAGUGCGGGGACCUGCAAGACAUGGCCGACAUCUCGCCCUACUCGGGUAGCACCAUUCAGGAAGGCUUGUCUCCAAACCAUCUGAAGAAAGCCAAGCUGAUGUUCUUCUACACUCGCUAUCCUUCCUCCAACAUGCUGAAGAUGUUUUUUUCUGAUGUAAAGUCACAUGGGAAACAAAUAUUGAAGUUCAACCGUUGCAUCACUUCCCAGCUGAUCAAGUGGUUCAGCAACUUUCGGGAGUUCUACUACAUCCAGAUGGAGAAGUUUGCUCGGCAGGCCAUCAACGACGGGGUGACCGGCGCCGAGGAGCUGACGGUGGGCCGGGACGCCGAACUCUUCAGGGCCCUCAACAUGCACUACAACAAAGCCAAUGACUUUGAGGUUCCCGAUCGAUUUCUCGAGGUAGCCCAGGUUACUCUUCGAGAGUUUUUCAACGCCAUCGUAGCCGGGAAGGACGCCGACCCGUCCUGGAAGAAGGCCAUCUACAAAGUGAUUUGCAAACUGGACAGCGAGGUUCCCGAGGUCUUCAAGUCCCCCAACUGUCUUCAAGAGCUCCUACGUGACUGACUAGAGCUCGGGAGACCACAAAGAACGCAGGAAAAACCUCAGAGUACCGCGGGAAGACUGGGAUGAUCCUCGACUGGAUCGGUGAUCCGAAAAGGAACUCAUCAUCCGACACCUUGAAGUGGUUCUCCUCGGAGAACGUUUUGUUGCAGGUGUUUGUUUUUUUUUCCUCCCCAUCAGUGCAGCUUUCAAAGACAAUAUUCCCCUCUAAGAUGUUUUAUAAUUAAAAAAAAUUAAAGUUCAUACUUGGUAAGUUAAAGGGCUCAGGCUCAAAGUCUGAUGAUGCUCUAGGGGACUCGUAUGUUGGGACUUUUAUAUAUUAAAAAAUGGCAAGAAGUUAAUCUGCACAGUCCUGUCAUCCCUCUCUUCCAUCAUCUGUUAAUACGAAGAAAAGGCGAGGAAAAA